UCAUUAUCAACCUUCCUUAUUCCUUUUGUGCAGGAAAAAGAAAAAGUGGGUUUUAUUUUUCGAUGAAAAUGAGUAAAGCAUCAGUUGUUUUACUCUAUUUUGGCUUCAUAUUCAUCCAUUGUGAAGCUAAAUCGAUCAGAGAAAAGCCUCAAGCUUUUGAGUCCUUCAAUGUCAGUUAUAUACAGAAUUUAGGGAGCUGUUCUUACUCGGUGGUUUUUACAACGAGCUGUUCAUCAACUAGUUACACUCGAGAUCAAAUCAGUAUUGCUUUCGGUGAUGCCUAUGGUAACCAGAUAUAUGUGCCGAGGUUGGAUGAUCCAGCGUCUAGGGCAUUUGAACAAUGUUCUUCAGAUAAGUUUGAGAUUAAAGGACCAUGUGCGUAUCAGAUCUGCUAUGUUUAUCUCUACCGAACUGGACCAGAUGGUUGGAAGCCGGAGCAGGUGAAGAUUUAUGGCUAUAAUUCAAGGGCUGUUACAUUUUACUAUGACACCUUCAUUCCAGGUGACACUUGGUAUGGAUUUAAUUAUUGCAAUAGCGCUUCUUCUUCGCAUCGAUGGAUUGGCCAGACAUCGUUCUUAUUUGUUGUUCUUUGGUUUGUACUCUACGCACUCAUAUAACCAUGGCUUGUCAAAGUAUCCCUUAUACCUAUAUCCGAAAAGAUUUGUAGAAUGUGAUUUGAACUAUGAAGUACAUGCUGGCAUCGACAUUGUUAUUC